AUGUCGGUCGCAGCACCAGCCAAUUUCAAUGCUGAAGAGGCAGAUAACCUCGAAGAUAUUGAGAAGCAGUUCGCUGUCAAAGCCGUGCAACACUUGACUACAUACUGGGCCAUACUGGAGAAGGUUCGCGGAUCUUCUCUGAGGCUUACAAAGAUGGACGAUGAUAUCUACGAACACCUGAAAACCGACUUCCCUGAAUUCGACCCUGCGGUUCCCCUGAAUGAGGACGAAAUAAAGAGCAAAACCGGCAAAGAACGUUGGCGAAAGUUCAUGAUGGCAUACGAGAAGAAGAUCGAUGAUUACAGCUUCGGCACAAUAGUCAGAACGAGCCCGAAGACGGAGUACGAUCAAGAAGGUACCAUCUUUGUGCCUCGGAUGCAGUUCUAUGCCAUCGAAAUUGCUAGGAAUAAAAACGGGUUGAAUGACUGGAUCUACGAGGAUCACCAGAAGGAGUUGGCGAAGGCGAAAGAGGCCAAGUCGUGA